AGACCCAACUCGGGAAGCUAUGUCGACUAUUCGUUUCGCGGCGGCGAUUCUCAUUUAUUUUUUAUUACCGGCGGCGGUUUUAUCUUACGGUUUUCCGGCGGCGCUGAAACUGGAAAGAGUGAUUCCGGCGAAUCACGAGAUGGAACUUAGUCAGCUCAAGGCUCGUGAUAAAGCUAGACACGGCAGAUUGUUACAGUCUUUAGGCGGAGUUAUAGAUUUUCCCGUCGAUGGAACAUUUGAUCCUUUCGUUGUUGGAUUAUACUACACGAAAAUACGAUUAGGAUCUCCUCCAAGAGAUUUUUAUGUACAGGUUGAUACAGGAAGUGAUGUUUUGUGGGUUAGUUGUGCUUCUUGUAAUGGCUGUCCUCAAACCAGUGGACUCCAAAUUCAGUUGAAUUUCUUUGAUCCAGGGAGCUCUGUAACAGCAACACCGGUCUCAUGUUCUGAUCAAAGAUGCAGUUGGGGUAUUCAGUCCUCUGAUUCUGGCUGUUCUGUUCAGAACAAUCUUUGUGCUUACACGUUUCAGUAUGGGGAUGGAAGUGGCACCUCAGGGUUCUACGUCUCUGAUGUCUUGCAAUUUGAUAUGAUUGUUGGAAGCUCUCUGGUCCCAAACUCAACGGCUCCGGUUGUGUUUGGUUGCAGCACCUCGCAGACGGGAGAUUUAGUGAAGUCUGAUAGAGCGGUUGAUGGAAUCUUCGGGUUUGGGCAGCAAGGAAUGUCUGUGAUUUCUCAGCUUGCUUCACAGGGAUUAGCUCCAAGAGUGUUCUCUCACUGCUUGAAAGGAGAGAAUGGAGGCGGAGGCAUACUGGUUCUUGGAGAGAUUGUGGAGCCAAACAUGGUCUUUACUCCUCUUGUCCCCUCGCAGCCUCAUUACAAUGUGAAUCUUCUGAGCAUAUCAGUGAAUGGCCAAGCUUUACCUAUCAAUCCAUCGGUCUUCUCUACAUCAAACGGUCAGGGAACAAUCAUUGACACUGGUACAACAUUGGCAUACCUUUCUGAAGCAGCCUAUGUUCCCUUCGUUGAAGCUAUUACAAAUGCUGUUUCGCAGUCUGUCAGACCCGUUGUUUCGAAAGGGAACCAAUGUUACGUAAUAGCCACAAGUGUCGCAGACAUAUUUCCUCCAGUUAGCUUGAACUUUGCUGGUGGAGCAUCCAUGUUCUUGAAUCCUCAGGAUUACCUCAUACAGCAGAACAAUGUCGGAGGUACUGCGGUGUGGUGCAUCGGUUUUCAGAGGAUACAGAAUCAAGGGAUAACAAUCCUUGGAGAUUUGGUUCUUAAAGACAAGAUCUUUGUCUAUGAUCUGGUCGGUCAGAGAAUUGGAUGGGCAAAUUACGACUGCUCAAUGUCGGUAAAUGUCUCAGCGACUAGCAGCAGCGGAAGAAGCGAAUAUGUGAAUGCAGGACAGUUUAGUGAAAAUUCUGCUGCACCGCAGAAGUUAUCUUUGGACAUUGUUGGAAACACUCUGAUGUUGUUACUAAUGUCUCGUGGGGCGAUGGCGGAUGAGAAGAACGGUGGACGUCUGAGUGACGCUAGUGACUACUCGUCGGAGGACGAAGGAACAGAAGAUUACAGAAGAGGAGGUUACCAUGAGGUUCGAGUCGGUGAUACUUUUAAGAAUGGUUCUUAUGUGAUUCAAAGUAAGCUUGGUUGGGGACAUUUCUCCACUGUCUGGCUAUCUUGGGACACUCUAAAAUCUCGAUACGUAGCUUUGAAAAUCCAGAAGAGUGCUCAGCACUAUACUGAGGCGGCGAUGGAUGAGAUAAAGAUAUUGAAACAGAUUGCGGAAGGUGACGCGGAAGAUAAGAAGUGUGUUGUGAAGCUUCUUGAUCAUUUCAAGCACGCGGGUCCUAAUGGGCAACAUGUUUGUAUGGUCUUUGAGUAUUUGGGAGAUAACCUUUUGUCGGUUAUCAAGUACAGCGAUUACCGAGGGGUUCCUCUUCAUAUGGUUAAAGAACUCUGUUUUCAUAUUUUGGUUGGGUUGGAUUAUCUUCAUCGUGAGCUUUCGAUUAUUCAUACUGAUAUCAAGCCGGAGAAUAUUCUGCUUUGUUCCACUAUUGACCCUGAAGCAGAUGCUCGGAAAUCGGGGAUUCCUCUUGUUCUUCCAACUGCUAAGGACAAGGCUGUUCCUGAGAAACCAGCUGAAAAGGAGAAACCCAAGAGUUACACGUACAGUGCGGAUUUGACUAAGAAUCAGAAAAAGAAGAUUCGGAAGAAAGCUAAGAAAGUGGAAGGUCAAGGAUGUGGUGGAGAAGAAGGCUCAGAGGAUAAUGAGAGAGAUUCUAACUCUGAGGCAAGACAAAACGGAAAUGCAACCAUGGAGAGGUCGGAAGAGAGUUCUGAAAGAGUAAAAGAUCCAGAGAAUGUUAGUCAAAAGAGCCGGGGCAAUAGGAGAGGAAGUCGAUCCACGAGGCAAAAGUUACUUGCGGAUGUUGAUCGGAAAUGCAAGUUAGUGGAUUUUGGGAAUGCUUGUUGGACUUAUAAACAGUUUACGAGUGAUAUUCAAACAAGACAGUACCGGUGUCCUGAGGUUGUUCUUGGCUCAAAAUACUCAACCUCGGCAGAUAUGUGGUCAUUUGCUUGCAUUUGUUUUGAGCUUGCCACCGGAGAUGUUCUAUUUGAUCCUCACAGUGGUGAAAAUUUUGAGCGGGAUGAGGAUCACUUGGCAUUGAUGAUGGAGCUUCUUGGGAUGAUGCCACGAAAGAUUGCAUUAGGUGGACGCCAUUCGCGGGAUUUCUUCAACCGACAGGGUGAACUAAGGCACAUCAGGCGGUUACGGUUUUGGCCACUUAGCAAGGUCUUAACAGAUAAAUAUGACUUCAGUGAGGAAGACGCAAUUGCUAUGCAAGAUUUCAUCAUUCCCAUUCUUGAAUUUGUACCUGAGAAGAGACCAACGGCUGCUCAGUGCCUAACACACCCAUGGAUGAAUCCGGUCCCUAAAUCACUGAAACCGUCACCGAGUCCACAAAAACCCAAAGAUGAAGAAGUAUCACAUGAGAAUAAAACGAAGGAAAAUGAUGAGAGGGAAGCCAUGGAGGUUGGUGUUGGGAAUAUCACCAUUGAUGGCUCAGAACCAAAGACCUCAGCAAGAGAAGGUCGUCAAUCUGCUCGUGAUCUUCGCACUUAAGAAACAAAAAAAAUUCCUGGAAAAAAGUUUUGUAUUUUUCUCUGAAUCUCAAAGAUUUAGAUACUGUAUUGUUUUAUUCUCCCUUCACUCUUGCACACUAAAAGAUUUGAAAUUUCAUUUGCUUUCGAACCAGCUUUUAGAUGACACAUUGGAUUAACAUUAAUAAUAUAGAGUACAGCAU